AUGGCUCCAGCACCAGGUCGCAAUCGCGCAAACGAUUUCAGGGACCUAACACAAUCAAAUCCUCAAGAUUUUGACCCGGAAGAGGACGACGGACAGGACGGUUUCGACGACAGCGAUGCCAGUUCCGCCGAUGAAGAGGACGUAGACGAGUCACGAGCGCACUACGAGGAUAUUGGGAAGAGCAAGCUUCGCAAACCAAAGACCGCUGCCUUAGGUCCACAGUAUCGCGGAUCCAGGAUUAGCAGGGACGCCGCGCUUGAUGGUGAAGAGGAUGAUGACCCGUUUGGCAGAGGGUUUGAUGAGGAAGAGAGCGACGAAGAAGAUGGCGACGGCCUCGAUGACGCUACCGAGAGCUCGGAGGUUGAAGAAGACGAGAAUGAGGAUGGCACGUCUGAUACGGACAUGAGCGAGGACGAAAUGUCAGCACUCAAAACAGGAGCCAUAAGCUCCAAGGAAGAUCGCGCGGAGCUGUUGAAGGCGGUUUCAAAAGACCAAAAGACUGUGGCCUCGGCGCUGGCGCAGUCUACGAAGGCGGAUGCAGAGAAGGGCAGGGCUGUGAAGAGGCAAAAGGGCGCAUUCGACUCGCUACUGAACUCUCGAAUCAGGCUGCAAAAGGCGCUCGUUGGUGCAAACACCGUUGUUGGACUUCCGGAUGAAGACCUUCAAGCUCAGCUCGGGCAAGCUAAUCAUGCCCUCGAGGCAGCAGAGACGGCUGCCUUCGCCUUCUGGUCCUCACUCAACGACUUUCGCGAGAAGCUGACCGGAGCGCGGACCGGCGAGAAACGCAAAAGAAACGACUUCGGCAACGAUACUCCUACCGAAGACCUCUGGAAACACAUGCAGGCACAGGAGGCCGCACAGCAACCGCACCGCAACGCCACUCUGAACAGAUGGGCAGUGAAGGCUCGAGGCGCCACUGCACUACCAGAACGAGGUGUCAUCAACCGAUCAGCACAGCAAUCAAGUCUCGUCGACGCGCUGCAGGAGCAUCUCUCUAACCGUGACCGCCUUCUUCAGAAAGCACAUACUCCUCGCUCUUGUGCACCGUUGCAACUCGCAAAUGGAGUCACGCAGGACGACAAGAUCUACGACGAUGCUGACUUCUACGGCAUCAUGCUCAAGGAACUCCUGGAGAGGAAGAGCCAAGACUCCGUCGCGGCGUCAAACAUUGACCUGAAUUUCAACCUCAAGCGUGAAGCGAAGGCGAAGAAGAACGUUGACACCAAGGCGAGUAAAGGCAGAAAGCUGAGAUAUACCGUGCAUGAGAAGCUACAGAACUUCAUGGCACCGGAAGAUCGAAGUACGUGGAGCGAGCGUCAGGCGGAUGAGCUGUUCGGGAGUCUGUUUGGUCGGAGGUUAGGCCUGGGCGAGGAGAGGGAGGAAGAGGAAAAGGUUACAGAUGGCGCUGAGGAGAAAGACGCUGGCUUGAUGUUGUUUAGGAGAUGA